AUGGGUGCCACGUUUUCGUCCACAAAACAAAAGCCUGUUGAUUUUGAACGUCUAUUAGGUUAUAAAACCGCUGCUAUCUCCUUACCACCAGAAUGUCUUCGCGAAAUCUUUGAAUAUCUUGAUAAAGGCUCUCUUUAUUCUUCUCUUUUGGUUAAUAGAAGUUGGUGUAAAGUCGUUGUUCCUUUAUUAUGGAGGUCACCUUUUCGAACAGCAAACGGACCGUCACUUGAAACAGCCAAAGUCAUACAAACUUACCUUAUAUGCCUUUGUGAAAAAUCAAAAGCAUAUUUAGUUAGUAAUGGUGUAAAAUUACCACUUUCAACAACCAAAAUUUUUGAUUAUCCGUCUUUCCUUCGUGAACUAAAAUUUGUAGAGUUAUAUAGUGCAGUGUCUGAUUGGCUUGCAACAGAGUCUAAUAAUAUUGGUGAUGAACAACAAUCAACUUUUUUAAGGGUUUUAAUUACUGAACAAUUAUUUAAAUUGUUCAUGAAUAGAUGCCCAACAUUUGAAAUUCUUUCAUUAUCAGAUUUAUCUAAUGAGGCACCUAUGCCAUUGGUACCUCUUUUAGCAGGAUCUGGAGCUGAUUCUUGUUUAAUUGGACUUAAAUCAUUUCAUUGUGUAAGUAAACACGGUGGUAAAAGAGAUAUUUUUCGAGUCAUGUCUCAAGUGUCAGAAACUCUUGAAACCAUGUGGGUUGGUGGAGUUGAACAAGAUAUGGAAGUUAAAGCUUUAAGUGUCUUUAUAAGAGCACAAAAAAGAUUAAAAGCUUUUAAAUAUUCAUGGGAUUAUCAAACUCGACUUCAAAUUAUUUUAAUUGGAACGCUUGAUGCACUUAGAACACAAGCAAAAACUUUAACAACACUUCAUUUUGAAUAUUGCAAUUUCGCACAUUGUGAUUCAUUAGAACCGUUAGCAGUAUGUGAAAAUUUGGAAAUUAUUCAAUUUAUACAAUGCAUAUAUUUAGCAGAAAAGAUGCGACCUUUAGCAAAAGUAUUUUUCCCACGUUUAAAGACACUCGGUUUCUAUUGUAAUUUUUUAGAUUCAGCAAGAUAUUGGAUAGAUCCAAGUGAUAUUGCAGCAAUUGUUAAAAAUUCGCAUAAAAGUUUAGAGCAUGUCGUAUUACCAAGAGUUGGAAAUUAUGAAGAAGGAUCACAAACUUUAAUAAAAGCACUUCGUCAUUGUAUAAAUAUUAUUGAUUUACGGUUACAAAUUCGUCAAGGAGAAACGGAAGAUUUUAUGAAAUUCUUCAAUAAUAAUAAUAGACUUGAAAUAACAACAUUCAUUUGUCAUGGUGAUUUAAAUGUUGAAGAAUUAUUAACGCAAAUGAGUCGUAGAUGGCCGAAUACAUUGUCAACCCUAAAUAUUAAAGGACAAUGGAUGAUUACACCUGAAUCUUUAAAAACAUUUCUCAAAGAUAGUAAAUCUUGUUUAAAACAUUUAGAUUUACAUUCAUCUAAUCAUUUAACAGAUGAUCAUGUUGCAGCAGUUAUUGAAUAUUUAAAAGAUAUGAAAGCAGCAAAAAAACCUCAUUUAUGUAGUAUUUUUAUGUCUGGUGAUCGAAUAACAGAGAAGCGAGGUUUUAAUUUAAAUCCCUGGAUUUAA